GCCUUGUUUACCAAAGAAAUAAUAAUCGCUUGGAAAUUAAAAUGUGUUUCUCCAUAAAGGACAAGGUUUCAGAUACCUGAUCGCACUGACUGAGUACCUUGUCUAUUGCGUCGAUGAAUGAUGAAUGAAACCGGGAAUUUCGAAAAUAUUCAGCCAUUAUAAUGAAUGUUCGCUUGCUUCAGAAAAGACAUUUAUAUAUCUUUAUUAUUAUAUAAUUGUAUUAUGAAAUUGCUUUGGUGGUUUAGUGGUAUAAUGCUUCGUUGCCAUCGAAGCGACCCGGGUUCGAUUCCCGGCCGAAGCAGUGUUUUGCUCGCCCUUUAUUUUUAUUGCCUUAUUGGGCUCUUUUACAGCAAAGCGUUAACGUAUUUAAUUGGAUUGAAACCAAAGGAAUAAAUACGCGUCUUCUAAUCUAUAGUAAAUUGUUCAAGCUCCCUUCCCUUUUUGAAAACUUACCACCAAAAGUGAUCAUAUAACGAGGUAUAGCAACAACAAGAAUUCUGCCCCCACAUUCUACCAACAACAUCUGGGUGGAUGGUAUUAUACGGAAAGGAGGAUUAAGAAUAAUGUCCAACGAGGAUUCUUUUGUCGGAAAACCUUCUAGGAAGCGCUCACGGGCUCACCAAAUCGGAGAUCCAAGGUUUUAUUGCACUUAUCUUGAUUGCCCAAAGUCGUUCACGAGAAAGGAACAUUUGCGGCGCCAUGAACGAACUCACGAAAAUUUAAAAACAUUUACUUGCUCGUUUUGUCAACGUGCAUUUGCAAGAAGCGAUGUCCUACACCGUCAUGUACAACAAAUGCAUAUACAAAAACAAGGCCUUUAUGAAAACUUGCUUCCUUCUACUUCUUCCUCACAUAUUUUUUCUAAGGAUUUUCAUGGCAUAACACCGAAUACCUCUCGCAAUCUUCCUGUGAACCCAAAUCUUGUUCAAGUAUCUGCGAAUAUGAUGCAGUCUUCUCAGGCAAACCCACUUGCAAGUGGUCCUGGACAAGUGAAUCCCUCAGCUACUUCUUCUAUCGUUUCAACCCAAGAUCUUCCAUCCUCUCCUUCGAAAGUCUUUGACAAAUCUGAUCUUUUAGUUAAUAAUUCUGAUGCUAACUUCUUCCAUGAUCAUGCGAAUCGUAGUUUAAACGUCGAUUUGGCCUCUUUUUCGUCGCCUCCUCCAUCUUCAUUUACCGUGAAAGCCCCUACUCAAGGACCGCCUUCUAUGCCCCAACAAAUGGAUCCUUCUCUAAUUUCUAAUUCCCGUACUACAUUUUCUCCCUAUGAAGAGUUUUUCCAGUUGGAUUCAACUCCUGAUGGCUGCACUCGCUUGGAUCUUUUUCACGACUCUCUAUGUGUUUUGAAAAAUAGAUCAUUUGCUAGUUCCGCAAAAACGAUGGAUGAUAAUUUGCGGUGGUUCUUCUCCUCUGGUAAAAGUAAGAAAAGACAACGAUUCGAAUCUUCGUCUCCAUUACAAUCACCAGUUGAUUCCACUUUCAAUCAAGAUGAUACCUUUCCUAAUCCGAAUAGGACAUUCUUAAAUUAUUAUUUUACGGCUACUGGUCCUAUGUACGUAGCUCAAAAGUGCCCUACAUUUGUGCAUGUGAAUCUUUUGGGGUACUUGAAAACUCAUCACAUGCUAUCUACUGAUUAUUUAGCCAUGGUCACUCCAGAGUCUAUUGGUGUAUGGGUGAAUGCCUAUUUUUCUUAUUUUCAUAUUCGUUGGCCAAUAUUGCACAGAGGUACUUUUCAGAUAUCCCAAACUCCUUUAGAAUUGCUUUUAGCUAUGAUUACGUUAGGCAUGCAUUUUACGAAUAAUCCUACUGAUCGUCUUCUUGCUAUUGAAAUUCAUUCAAAGCUUCGCUUUUGCGUUUAUGAAAAGGAAGAGUUUGUUCCACCUAUACCUCUGUGGGUCUAUCAAAUGCUGUUGCUAAUUCAAAUUUUUGAAAUGCUAACAAGUACUAUCCAACAACACCGCUUAUCUCAACUAUUUCAUCCCGUGCUAAUUGAGGCUUUGCGUCAGGCAAAUCCAGAAGAAGCUUUAACUGUUCACUCGGAAACCUUUAGUGAUAAUGAUUCAAAUUCCUCUUUGCAAUACUGGCAUAAAUGGAUUACCAGGGAGUCUGUCAAACGUCUUAUUUUUGGUUGUUUUUCCUUGGACGCUAUAUGCGUAUUAAUUUUUGGAAAUCAGCCUUUGCUAUGUGUAACGGAUGUUUCAUUGCCAUUGUUUGCUGAUGAACAUCACUGGGAAGCAGAAAACUUUGAGGUCUGGGCAACUCAAAAGCCACUAGACGAACCGCCAACAAUUUUACAUAUGCUGAAAGCCUUUAUUCAAAAUGAAAGGAUAUCAUUUACUGUAUCCCCUUGGAACAUGCUAUUGAUUUUACAUGGUUUGGUAUCUGUUGAUGUUUCUGUAAAACAGAAGAAGUUCGUUCCAGGACUGAAACUGAGCAAACGUGAGAUUGAUAAUUGGUGCAAUAUAAUAUACGAAACUUAUAAACGGUGGUAUUUAAAGUUCCAUGAAGAAUUCAUUCAAACUGGAACACUUCCAGCCAAGCAUCCGUUUGUCAAGGAAUGUUUUGCACUUUAUCAUCUGGCAGCUUUUUACUCAAAGACUAAGCUCACUUAUAUUCAAUCGUACGCUAACUCUAUUUCCGCCAAGUACAAGGAAUUCGAAUCUAUGAAAUGUAGUGUUCCAAUAAAAUACAUAAAUCUUUGGGCGAACACUGAGAAUGCUAAAAUAUCCAUCUGUCAUGCUAUUGAUGUGAUGGAAAUGAUGCUUCACGAGGAUUUAAAUGCAAACGCACCGUUUACUACUCUUCUCUAUUAUCCCUGGUCGUUUUACAUUGCUGCUCUCAUUUUAUGGAGCUUUGGGUAUUCGAAGGAUAAACAAAGCACUAAAGUUGAUUUUACAAAAAACUACCGCUCACAAAGUAUCACAUACAUUACAAAGAUGCGGCAAUUAUUAUACGAAGAUGGAAGCAAUGAUGCCGGUACUAUAUAUAGCAAAACACAAGCCAUUCUUCAUAUGACCUUGCGGUUAUUAGAGGCUUAUCCAUGGCAAAUAUUGGAAACUAAUAUUGAAACUAUACGAUCAUUACUUUCAGAUCUUUGAAAGGGCAUUUUCACGUUUAAAUGACAAAAAUAUAAAGAUUGUAUAUUAAUCUUCAAUAGCUAACUUAUACACAUUGUUUUCUUGCAGAUAAAUGAUUUUUAUGAUUUAAUACUAUAUAGAAAUGGAUUCUAGAAAAAUAUAAUUAAAAAGAAGAAAAGUAU